UAUCCCCACCCUAGCUACCAUCCAUUAAAAAUUUCGCCCAAACCAAACUUUGGUUUCGUGUGUUGUGCAAUUGAUAGGUUCUGCAAGCGGAGUUCCCUUCAGACCUUUCUGAAACGCGCAACUCCUCUUGCUCGUGGUGUUUUCGAUAAGCGAAGAAAUUCUUUUCCCGGAAUAAACAACAACAUUACAUAAUGCCGUUGCUUAGGCUGACGUCUGGUACUUUUGGGCAGCUGCGCACUUUCGCGACGUCGCAGGCGCUCGGGAAGCGAGUGAAGACCUUCGCCGUGUACCGCUGGAACCCGGAUGAGCCCGACAAGAAGCCCUUCACUCAGAACUACCAGGUGGACCUCGAUGAUUGCGCUCCUAUGGUGUUGGAUGCCUUGUUGAAGAUCAAAAAUGAGAUGGACCCUACGCUGACUUUCCGUCGGUCGUGCCGCGAGGGCGUCUGCGGCUCCUGCGCCAUGAACAUCGACGGCGUGAACACGCUAGCCUGCAUCAGCCACAUCGACCAGAACCUGAGCAAGCCAUCGAAAAUCUAUCCUCUACCGCACAUGUACGUCGUGAAAGACUUGGUCCCAGAUCUGACCAACUUCUACCGCCAGUACCAGUCCAUUGAGCCGUGGCUGCAGCGCGACAAGGAAGCGGCUAAAGGUAAGGAAGUCCAGCUGCUCCAGGACGUUGAGGAUCGUGCCAAACUUGACGGUUUAUAUGAAUGUGUGCUCUGCGCCUGCUGCUCGACCAGCUGUCCAUCGUACUGGUGGAACGGAGACAAGUAUCUCGGCCCCGCUGUCCUUAUGCAGGCUUACCGCUGGAUUAUUGACUCCAGGGAUGAAGCCACCGCCAAACGCCUUUCAAAGUUGAAGGAUACAUAUUCUGUCUACCGGUGCCACACAAUCAUGAACUGCACGCGAACAUGCCCGAAGGGCUUGAACCCUGGACGCGCUAUCGCUCAGAUCAAGACCUUGUUAUCCGGUAUCGUCAAGAAACAGACCCCAAUUAUGGACCCGGCUGGUUUAGAGAAGAAAGCGGCAUCUAACUAAGCAUGGCAUGCAAUGAUCUUUAGAAAAAUGGUUGUUGUACUUGUACUUAAGUAUACAUAACUAGGUUUAGGCAGAUUAGUAUUAUAAUCUCAUUAAUUAAACCUAAAAUUGUACAAAAUACAACAUAAGGUGCAAACAUCUCAAAUUCAUACUCAAAUGUACAGUUCUGGAUUUUUCCAUAACUGUGUUGUUUUUAUGCAUCCUUAUGGCCCCCAAAAGUUUUACCUGCUGGCUCACUUUUUUUUACUCCAUCUAUUGUAAGAAGAAAAGUUAUCCUUAAGUUCUUUGUGUCUAUGGAUGCACCCUAGUAAAUCAGGCAUUUAAGAUUUUUUUUUACAUUACAGAAAUUUUAACCCACUUUGUUAAUUAUUUUUAGUAGUUAUCAACUUUUGAGUACCUAAUUUUACCAUUACCAUUUUCUAAAGAUGUACGAAAUUAGUGAAAUUUAAAAGUAUUAUUUCAGAUUUUUUAUUGUUUAGAAGCUAUUUAUUACAAUCAUGAUCAUGUAAGUUAUUCUGCCGCCAUGCCAUGUGAUGUUAUUUAUUUCAUGUCUUCAUGCCACCUUAGACAAAAUUAAGUAAACAUUGUAAUUGUUUUAAAUAAAUGACUAUUUAUUUAUUUU